AUGUUCAGAUCAAGUUUCGUUCAUAAUACUAGGAUCAGUAUCAAUAGAGCUUCGACUAAGAGAUUUCUUUCAUCUAGGAUAGAAUCGAACCGUUCUUUUAAAAUAAGAUUUUUGACUCUAAGUCUAUCUGGAUUUUCUGCAAUCGCUGGAUUGACUUUAUACAACCAUAGACUUAUUGAAUUGGAUAAUGAUAAAAAAGGUAUUUCAGUUAAUCAUUCCAUAGCCGUGGAUUCGUCGAUUUCUCCAUUUCCAACUACUUUAAUUAAUGCCAACCAAACUAAUCUAAACACGGAUUUUCAAUUACUUGGAUAUGGUGUCAGAUCUGUGACAUUUGUAAACUUUAAAGUAUAUGGAAUUGGUCUAUACAUAGCUAAUGAUGAUGUCAAUAAAGCUAGAAAAAUUUUAGGUCCGGAUUAUUUAUCCACUUUUGGCACUGAAAAUCAUUCAUUAAAAGAAUUGUUAUCCGAUCCUGAAUUUUCUACCCAGCUUAUCUCUAAACUAUUAAAAGAAAAAGUAAGGUUUGCAGUUAGAAUUUCUCCUGUUAGAAAUACGGAUUUCAAUCAUUUGAAGGACGGUUUAAUCAAGUCGAUCUUGGCACACCCAGAGAGCAAAGAAAAUAAAGAAAUUGUUAGUAAAGGAUUAGAAGAAUUAAGAAAUGUAUUUAAUGGAUACAGAGGUUCUGUACCGAAAAAUCAUGUCUUAUGGUUAGAAAUUUUAAAACAAGGAAGUUUGAGUAUUUCAUAUGAAAAUCCUGUCAAGAACGAAUUAAUAAGUAUGGGACUUGUCAAAGAACCAAUUAUUAGCAAGCUCUUAUUCUUACAGUAUCUUAGUGGUAAAAAACCUUUAUCGGAACCAUUAAGAAAAAGCUGUAUCGAUGGAUUUACUGGAUUGUAA